AUGCCGCAGUGGUUACGCGCGGCGGUGGGGGCAUGGGCCGGUGGCACGGUGCGUCAGGCUUCUUUGGCUGGUACCUCGAAGUGGCAAAAGCUCACAGAGGAGGAGACAGGAAAGAUCGAGAAAUCGCUCUCGGGGACGUCCAAGCUCUUGCCCAGCUUGGUCGAUGAGGACCAAGAUGCCAAGACUGUGAAGCUUCAAAGCUAUCAGAACUCAAUCACUAUGAAAGAGGCCCUGGCCGUGCUCAAAGAGGCCGCGGUAGAGCCUCCAGAAGAGGCCUUGAAGAAACCCGACCUCAGCCCCCGGGCUAACGCUGGCUAUAGUGUUUAUGAGGAGGUGGCGGAGCUGAGGGCCUUUCUGGAGGAGGCCAUUCAGGAUGACGAGAACGAGAAAACCCUGAAGGAUCUUGGCGUUCCAGACGCCCAUUCUCAAAUGCACAGGGCGUCAUGUAUUGGCGGCUCAUGCAACUCUUAUCCUUCCAAAGCUGAAGGAAUUAUGGAGGUGACGCUUCAGUCGCCUCCGAAACGGCAAGCUUCAGCCAUGUCAGAGGAGUUGUACGACUCCGAGAGCAUCGUGUGCGACAAGAGUCAUUCUUUGAUCUCCAAUGCGUCUUGGGCUGUCUCAAAUCCUGGGGACAGCCUGGCGUACAGUCAUUCUGGAACUUCAGGCCUUGGCUCCCUGGCCGACACCCACGAGGUUCCAACGAAGCCCAGGCCACCGGAGCCUGAGACGGUGGCCGCGGUGGCCCCUGUGGCCUGUGAUCCCCCGACCAUCGAUGGCCAGAAGAUCAAGGCCUUCGCAUCGGCAGUUCAAGGUGCCAAAGGUCUGGGCGAGGACUUGCAGAAAGACUUGUUAGAGAUUCUUCAUGCCCUCCCAGGUUUCAAAGCUUGA